AUAAAUGCAUGAUUGUGAUGGGUGGUGCAUACUCUGCUGUGGUGGGGCGGACAUCAUGAAGUGCAUCCUGACUGUGGCGCUCCUAGGGGUGGCCGUGUGCCACCUGGCUCAGGCCAAGGUCAUGCGGGGCGAAGCACCAGCUGACAAGAUCUUCCUGUCGAAGCAGCGGGAGGUGCUGAAGCUGCUCAAUAAAGUUCACGAGCCCAACCGCUUCAAAGAUCAAGCGGACCUGGGACGCAGCUACGAUCCUACUCAGCACUUAAGCAAAUAUAAGAACGCGUUGCCAGUGAAGACCCUCGUGAAGCAGUACACGUCAGGGCGUCUGCUGCCGCGAGGACAGAUCUUCACUCUGUUUAACGACAGACAACGCGAGCAGAUGAUCACCAUAUUCGAGUCCUUGUUCUACGCGGAAGACUGGGACACCUUCUACCGCACGGCGUGCUACGUUCGCGACAGGGUCAACGAGGGGCAGUUCGUUUACGCCCUGAGUGUCGCUGUACUUCACAGGGAGGACACGCGUGGAAUGGUACUGCCGCCGGCGUACGAGGUCUACCCACACCUCUUCGUCAACUCCGACGUCAUUCACGCAGCUUACAGAGCCAAGAUGAGGCAGGAGCCGGCCAGAGUGCGCAUGAACUUCACAGGAACGGUCAGGAAUCCUGAGCAGAGGGUGGCCUACCUGGGAGAGGACGUGGGCAUAAACUCGCAUCAUAGUCACUGGCACAUGGACUUCCCCUUCUGGUGGAAGCAGGAUGAGUAUGGCGUGAAGAAGGACCGGCAGGGGGAGCUGUUCUACUACAUGCAUCACCAGCUGAUCGCCAGACUCGACUUGGAGCGCCUGUCCAACGAUCUGCCCUUCGUGAAGCCACUUUACUGGGAGGACAAGAUCGAGGAUGGCUUCUACCCACAGACAACGUACCGGGUGGGGGGAGAGUUCCCGGCCAGACCUGAUAACUUCGAGUUUCAGGACCUGCAGGACAUCAAAGUGAAGGACAUGGUUGAUUAUACGCGCAGGAUACGCGAGGCAAUUUCUCAGCAAAGUGUCAUAACGAGGUGGGGCCAGAAUCUGCCCCUGAACGACACGAUGGGCAUCAACAUACUCGGCAGCUUGGUAGAGCCGUCCCAAGAAUCGCCGAACCCGCAGUACUACGGCGCGCUCCACAACUACGGCCACAUCCUGCUCGGACAGAUCACCGACCCCAAGGGAAAGUUCGACAUGCCCCCUGGCGUCAUGGAGCACUUCGAGACUGCGACGCGCGACCCUGCCUUCUUCAGGCUGCACAAGUACAUAGACAACCUGUUCAAGCUGCACAAGGACAUGCUGCCUCCUUACGCACGCGAAGAGCUCGAGUUCCCGGGCGUGGCGAUUCAGGACGUCACUGUGGACGACCUGGUCACGUACUUCGAGGACUUCGACAUCGACUUGCUGAACGCCCUGGAUGACACCCUAGAGCUGAAGGACGUGGAGAUAAAGGCCCGGGUGCGUCGCCUCAACCACCGCCCCUUCACUUUCAGCAUCACUGUGAACAGCAACCAGGAGCAAAUGGCAGCGGUUCGGAUCUUCCUGGGCCCCAAGUUCGACUGGUUCGGGCAAGAGAUCCCCAUCAACGAGAAGCGGCUCUACGUCAUAGAGCUCGACAAGUUUGUUGCUAAAGUGAACAAGGGGGCAACCGUUAUACAGCGGAAGAGCAGCGAGUCCAGCGUCGCAAUUCCGGACAGAGAGACGACCAAAAUACUCGUGCGGCGGGUUGACGACGCGCUGCAGGGGAAGGCGACGUACACAGUGAACAAGGAUGUGCGCCAUUGCGGCUACCCAGAGCGCCUGCUACUCCCCAAGGGCAAACGAGACGGCAUGCCCUUCAGCCUCUUCGUAAUUCUGACUGACUUUGAUAAGGAGAAGGUGAAUGAUUUACCCUGGGACUACGACUACGGGGGCUCCAUUAGCUACUGUGGUACCGUUUCGGGACACAAGUACCCGGACAGCAAGCCCAUGGGAUUCCCCUUCGAUAGGCAAAUCAACAGCGAUAACUUCUUCAGAUCCAACAUUUACCAGAAGGACGUUGUAAUCACCUUCAAGGACAGCGAGUAGAUCGGACAGCGCUUCCGGUCGAUAGCUACACAUAUACUGAAUGAGGCAAAAGUCAGGACACACUUUAAAAUGAGGAAAAUAUCCAUUAAUCGUAUCAUUGAAAUACAUUUCGUGAUUUCUCUUGCAGAUAUAAUCAAAUCUCGCAUAUACAUAUUCACGUACGAAUAUGAAUACUUAAACUGUACCACCUCACACAGUGAUACGAGCUUCAAAACUGGUGGGGAUACUUGAAGUUACUAUGAAGUGUGUCCUGAAUUUUGCACAACCUGUACAUCAAAUAACAUGUCCCAUCAUGGGUCUGUAUAUUAUUACGUGCCUAAUCAGUAUGGCUUCAUUUGUGUUUAGAUUGAAAAGUUGUGUUUCAAAUAAUAUUUGUCAUACAAUCAUUGUCAUAAUAUUUCUAUCGGAAUUAAUUCAAAUAAAACAUAGUUUGU